AUGACUUCAAACUCCGAACCCCCGAAAGCCCUUCCCUCCAUCCACCGCUUCAUCACUACGCAUGACUCGAGCGGCAAAUCAUGUUACUCCAAAGACCUCGAUGAGCCGUUGAACUUCUGGAAGGUCAGUGCAGGCGAGGGAAACUCUGCCGACUUUGAGCUCGGCUACGUCACCGAAGGGCUACCCGUACCACUGGCAAACGACAAAGACCUUUCAACAUUCAAGGAGGCCUAUGCCAACAAACAGAAAUCAGGACUGGUAAAGCAUGGCGGGACCAUCUUACGAUACUGUGAUAUUCCUCCAGGCUCAAAGUCGCAGAUGCAUCGUACCGUCAGUCUCGACUACGGCAUUCUUAUCAAUGGCGAACUGGAAUGUCUGCUGGACUCGGGUGAGGCUCGGACGAUCCACCCGGGAGAUCUUGUGAUCCAGAGAGGUACAAAUCACCAAUGGUUCAACAGAACUGAGCAAUGGGCUAGGAUUGUGUUCAUCUUAUUCCAUGCGGCGCCGGUCGAGAUCAAUGGCCGUGCAUUGGGAGAAGACCAAGGAGGAAUGGAGCUGCCUGAUUCGCAUUAG